AAAAACCAUCAGCCAUAUUGGUGUGUUGUAUCGCUGUCCUCAGUAAUUUCGAAGAUCAGUGAGUAAAUAGACCGUCAUGACGGAUUCCAUGAAAUUUGGUCCAGAGUGGUUGCGUAAUCUGUCUGGAGACACUUGCAAUAGUAGUGGCAGUGGUGGAGGUACUACAAGUUUAAUUACUCCACGUUAUCAAUUAGCUAAACAUAGAUACGGGCGAGAAGAAAUGUUGAUUUUGUUUGACCGUAAUUGUAAACCUCCUGAACCAUUGACAAAUUUCUCAUCAUUAUAUGUUGAGAAAACUCAACUUCCUUUGGCUCUUAUACAAAUGACAGAAGAUGAAACGCGGAUGUGGAAUGGAGGAAUAACUAAUGGGGGUCGAGGAAGAGGUGGAAGUGUGGAUCGUGGGGGGCGUGGAAGAAAUGGAAGAGGUAGCUUGUAUUCCUCUCAUUAUUCCCGUGGCGUUGGUUUCGAUGAUUCAGGAGAUGGAUCACGAAUCGACAGUCAGUCAUUUCAAGGAAGAAAUCGUCCGUUUGAUAGAUCUCAAAAUGAACGUGGUUGGUCAGAGAGAAAUGGGGCCUCGGAUCCUGGUGAAUGGAACGGCUCUACUAGUCCUAGAAAAGAAUUAAGUCGCGGGGCUAGUGGUAGUUCUCUUAUGGAAAAUAAUUGGCGACGUCAUCGUGGUGGUACAGAAGACGAUGAUAGUUGGCGAAAAUGGGGUAGGAGUAGUUGGCGUGACAGUGGAAGUAUGGAUAGAGAUAGAUUAGAGAGAAAUGAAGGAGAUGGAGAGGAAGGAUGGAAUAGUGGUGGUAGGUGGGAACAUCGUGGAAGUCAUAGAGUUACACACGAUUCAAGUCAUCACCCACCCCCUCGUACAGCACGUACUUGGGAAUCAAAUCAUCAUGAUAAUAAUCAUGAUAAUCUUCCUGAAUGGGCUACUGAAAAUCCUAGCGAAAGUGGAGGAAGUUUCGAUGCUUCAGGUGCAUUCCAUGGUGGAAUGUAUUCAGAUGACGAUGAAGAUGCGGUGAUAAGUGCAGGUGGUACUCAAGAAUCAAGGACUCGACGUGUUUCCGAAGGAAGUGCUGCUAACAUAAAAAAAUCCAGUAGCAAACCAUUAUCUUAUAGCUCGUCUCAGGGACAAGUAGCAAGUCGUAAUGCCAAUGGCGGAACUAGUACAAUUAGUAAAGAACGACCAAAGUCUUUGCAUCCGUUUGAUGAUAAUAAAAAUGGAUGCAUCGGAAAAGAAAGGAGAAGUAAUUCUCCAGCAAAAUUGCCCAUUACUAUAACAGAUAAUACCCCUGAUAAAACAUCAUCUGAAACUUCUCAGAAAAAAAAUACAGUAGUGACAAAUACGGAACAAAUGGAGACUGAUAAAAUACCACCAACUGAUUCAAAAACUAAUAAAUCUCCUAGUAAAGAAAAGAAGAAAGAGGAUAUUGAAACAGAAGCGAAGGUGGAUUCGACUCCUACAGUUGUGAAGAGACAAGUUCCAUUACAAACGGAAUCUCAAAAUGUCGUACAUAGUGUGGAAACGGAUAAUGUGAGACAAAAGUCGGAAGAUGAUUUGGAUAGAAUGAAAGAAGAAGCGGACGCAUUAGUUGCUAAAUUAAUGGCAGAUGAAGAAAACCACAAGGAGAAGACUGCCAGUAUACCGCCUUCUAUUGGUAACCAACCUUCUACAGUUCCAUCUACAAAUGGGCAGGAGAAAUGGUUUUACCGUGAUCCACAGGGUGAAGUUCAGGGUCCGUUCUUAGCAAGUGAAAUGGCAGAAUGGUGUAAAGCUGGUUACUUCACCGCAGGAUUAAUGGUAAGAAGAACUUGUGACGAGCGGUAUACCACUUUGGGAGAUUUAAUAAAGAUGUGUGGUAGAAUACCAUUUACACCCGGGCCUCCCAUUUCUCCCUUAAAGUUAACAGAUCAGGUAAUACCGCCUGUUCCUAACACAGUACCAGCUGGUAUGAGUGCAUUAUCAAAAACUGGUAUAGAAAAUCCACUUCUUCUUCUUCAAUAUCAACAUAUGCGAGUGUUACAAAAUCAACAAUUAAUUUUAAGACAAAUGCAGGCGUCGGCUAUAGCGAAACUUUCUCAGUCUGAAAAUUGGGCAACAUUAAGUCCCAUGGAACAAAAUCAGUUAAUUGUUCGAUAUGUUCUUUACGACGCAGAGAUUCCGAAGGUACCAAUUUCUACAAAUCCGUUUGUACCUCAUCUACCAUCUCAGUCUUCAAAUCCAAUUAUGCAACUUUUCACUCAAAUGCAACAGGCUAAAACACAACCAGAAACUCAUUUAACAACAAAUCCACAUUCAACAACAACAGCGCAUCCAAUUACGGUUGAUCCUGUUCAACAAGCUAUACAGCAAAUGGUUGGUCUUCAAGACAUGCCAGGAAUUCAACAGUCAAAUAUAAAUUCUACAUCAACUGCAACACAAGAAGACAAUCCCAUAAAAUCUUUGUUGCGACAACUAAAUGUUAACACAAAUGGCCAUCCACAAACAUCUCAUAUUGAUACAGUUUGGCCACAACCUCCACCACAAAUAAAUCCACAAUUUAAUGCACAGAAUUGGUUAGCUCAAGUUGGACCGAUACCAGCAGUACCUCCCGGUCAAUUACCAACGUCAUUAUGGGAUCUGCAUACUAAAGAAAUAAAGACUGAGCAACAAAUAUUAGAGGAACAAAAUCUUCAAUUACAAGAAGAUCGAAAGAAAGAAGAACUUCGAAAACAAGAAGAACUACAACGACAAGCUGAAGAAGAAACUGUCAAAAGAAAAAAGGAAGAGCAAGCUAAACAAGCAGAAGAAGCGAAACGAAAAGAUGAAGAGAAAAAGAAAAAGGAAGAAGAAAAGAAACGGAAAGAGGAAGAAAAGCGCAAACAAGAAGAGGAGAGAAAGAAAAAAGAAGAAAAAAGACGUAAAGAAGAAGAGAAAAAGCGAGAAGAGAAACGGAAACAGGAAGAGGAAACUUUAAGAAAAAAACAAGAAGAGGAAAAGAAGAAAAAAGAGGAACUUAAGAAACAAGAAGAAAAACAAAAGAAAGAAGAAGAAAAAAGAAAAAAAUUGGAAGAAGAACAAAAAAAGCAGGAAGAAGAAAAACUGCGGAAAGAAGCAGAGGCGCGUAAGCAGGCUGAAGCUGAAGAACAAGCUCGACGAGCGGAGCAGAGGCGACGAGAAGCGGAUGCACUCCGUAGAUUACAAGAACGAAGUAAAGCACCAUGGGCACAAGCACCUCGUGCUCCAACUCCAGCUACUCCUGCUGCUUCACUCGCUGAAAUUCAGAGACUCGAACGAGAAAAAAAAGCGGAAGAGCAGCGGUUUCAACAAAUGAUGCAGCAACAAUUAGCACAGCAGAAAGCCAUGGAAGCAGCUCAAGAAGCAUCUGUAACUGACUCUUCUAAGAGAUUGCAAUUUAAAUGGGCAGAAAAGGCUACAUCAUCUACCAAAUCUGUACCAGUAAAAAGUCUCGCACAGAUUCAACAGGAAGAGCAAGAACGGAUCGCCAAGGUAAAGCAGCAAGAAAGGGAACGUCAAGAAAAGGCAGGACAAAAAGAAUCAACGAACGUACUACAAAAUGCUGGAAUAUGGGGCACAGCUUCACAGUGUUUGAAUUGGGCCAAUUCGAGUAACUCUAUUAAUAGUCAAGCUUGGUCGAACAAUAGUGGUACUAGUGGUUUUUGGGACGAUCCCACGCCUAUCAAAUCUUCUACAACUGCGAAACAAUCUACCAAACAAACUACUGUAACAAAGGCUCCUACUGUCAAUCAGCAACCACAACAAAGUAAUAAAGCAAAUAAAAACAAGAAUAAGCGAGAUGAGGAACUGGUAAAGAAAUUAUUUGAACAGAACACUGCCAAGACAGAUGAUUUCACGCAAUGGUGCAACAAAGCCCUAAGUGGUUUACAGGUGUCUGUAGACAUACCCACGUUUGUUGGAUUCUUGCGAGACAUUGAGUCUGCAUACGAAGUAAAAGAAUAUGUCCGAGAUUAUCUUGGUGAUAAUAAACAAAGUUCAGAAUUCGCAAAGCAAUUUUUAGAAAAACGUAGUAAGUGGCGAUCGGCCCAACGACCUCAAGUACAAGCAGAUGAUUUGUGUAAACCAGCACCUGCUGUUAAUCCUAAUGCACCCACGGAAUUUCAGGAAGUAAAGGGAAAGUCAAAGAAGCCAAAGAAGGGAAAAAUGUACAAAAUUGAUAAUAGAAUUCUUGGCUUUAAUGUAACCGCAGCCCCUGAUCGUAUCAACGUAGGUGAUCGCGAUUAUGGGGAAGAUGUUUGAAUUAUUUCUGAUGACUCUAACUGUAUUACGGAAAUUGUGCAACGCUUGGCCCAACAAAUGGUUUGUUAUUUAUUUAUUGUAGAUGCCAAAUAAUUUCUAAGGAACCCGUUGCGAGUACUUCGUUAAAAGCAUAUAAGAUUUUUCUAUAAUUAUGUGUGCAAGGAUCUUAUCUCUUGUAUCCUUUACUCGAGCAUUAAUGGGAGCCUUAGAUAUCAAUAUAGCGUGGCAUUAUUUCCUUUUCAAAUGGAACUGAAAGACACACUGGAAGAAAACUCUAUUGUACAUACUACUCAAAGAAAAAGAUACUUCAUAAAGCAGGCGAACUCAUCUCCUAUUUACGCGUAAAUAAAGAAAUUAUGCCGAUCGAUAACUCGUACACGCGGAAACAUCGCAGUUGAAAGCAAUAUGUGCUCAUGAAGGUGUUCAGCAAGCAAAAAUAAGUUGUUAAUGUGUGCUUGUGAUCACAAGAAUAUCGAUCAAGCACAGUGUUGAUGGGGUGCAUCAGUGUUUGCUUGUGUCGAAUGCACCAAGUACGAUAUAUAAAUCCUAUGGAUUUCUUGCUUUAUCGCAACAUCACGAUGGCGAUACAACUUUGCCUUGGAUUAUAUUUCGCUACUAUGUUUUAAGAAUAAACUAAUGAUAUUUUGACUGAACGAUUGAAUGCAAACAAUUCGAAUAUUUUGACUGAACGAUUGAAUGCAAAUAAUUCGAACAAUGAAUUGUGUAUUAUAAAAUGAAACGCUCCUUACUCCGAAGUCUCGUUUACGUAAAGUUAUCAUAAACGAAGAAAUGUGUUAAAGGAACUAUGUGUUCCAAGGUAGUGACAUUGUGAAGAAAAUGAAGCUCUUGUUCUCUAUUAACACUUUGAAUACAAUGAUAUAUUUGAAAAAAAAAAAAAAUAGUACUUGCAUGUUAUACAGUUUAUAAAGAAAAUAAAUUAUCUUCCAUUCUCCUGUUUUGCACCGACAAAAUAUGAAAGUAAGUUUAUGUAAUGUUAGGAACAUGUACUGUCGAUUUUGAAAAAUUUACAUAGCACAUAAGGAAAUUCCAGAUUGAUUACUGCGUGUGCCUACGUGUGGAUCUCACUUUCGUCGGCAUAGCCUUCUUAUAUAUUGAGGUCAAUCUAACGAUAAAUAUCUAACAAAGAAUUUUAUGUAAGAUUUAAUUAAUGCAAUAUUUAAAACCAGUAUCUUUUGUAAAGUUUUAAUUAUAAGUAUACAUGUCAUGAAAUGUCCCACCCCUAACAAGGAGUUAAAGGAGAAAACUUUUAGCACCUGUUUGAAGAAUAUUGAUUUCUUUUUCUUGUUUUUUCUAAUUGAACUAAUAUUUGGACAAAGUGGCACGAAUACUCUGUUUAUAAGUGCGGAAAAUGUUGCGACAGAUCUGACCGCUCUUAAUAUUAUAAUGGUUGUUAAUUAAGGGUCAUUGAUCUUCUUUUAAUACUAGAAAAAGGAUUCUUAGAAGAUCGUA